CGUAUUUCCUCCCUGCAACACGAGAACGGCUUCUUUUUCUUCCCUUCUGUUUGCUCUUUGGACCUGCCCUUCGAGUGACUUGUCGAUAUCCAGCCCUCGGCGUGUCGACGGCUUCAUCACAAUGACCCAACCACUUCAACCCCAGCAACAGCAGCUCCCACCCCAGCAGCAACAACAUGUGCCGCAGUAUCAACAAUCUCAAUCUCAACAACCGCAGUAUCAACCAAUCCAGCCGCAGCAAUACCAGGGCAAACCUCCGCCUCCCCAUGUCUCUUCAAGGGGAAUGUGGUCGACAAAGCUGACCCUGCGCAUCAUUUCAAUCAUCUUCUGCAUCGUCAUAAUAGGCGUCGCCGCCUCCGUCGCCGUGGAGUGGAGCCUUUUCCCUCUCGUCACACUUGUUCCGCCUGCCGGCGUCGCCUUCAUUUGGAACUUUUCUGAGAGCAUCUGCCUCUGUGUGCGCAGAGGCCAUCGCGGUAUCCAUCCCGGGGCCGUCGUGGGCGUCGAUCUGAUUCUGUGGCUCGGCUAUCUCGUCGCCAUUGUCAUCUUCGCCAUCUGGACUGGCAUUGCGGAUGGGUAUUACUACACCUACUAUACUGCCUUCACGAACUACCGUGCCAUCUUUGGCAUUGGCAUCAUAGAGAUUCUCCUCCACAUGAUCUUGUUCAUCAUGGGUUGUUACGAAACCAGUGUCCGCAACCGCAACCAAGCUCCCCAAAUCGUUUACGUCCAGGCUCCCACAGGCGCCGCCAUGUACCCUGCCAACUUCCCCAUGGCCCAGGCCUACCAGCCCGUCUAUGCCCAGGGUCAUCCGCCAGUACAUCAAUAUCAGUAUACUCCCAUGGGACAACCCAAGAUGACCGAGUUACCUACAACAACACCUACCCCUAUUUCGCCCGUCUAUAACCAACAGGCUGGGCAUUGAUGAGUUACUACAAUUUACAAGAAACACUUCAAAAUUUCAACGGCCAAGAAGAACAAGACAAAUCGGUAAUGACAAUAUUGGUUCAAGGAUCAUGUCGGAUCACAUCUUUCCCCGGGCGGACGUCUCAGGGCACUGUUUAACUCUAGUAUAUAACUAAUGUAACAGGUCUUCGCGUUAUGAGUAGCAAAUACAAUCAAGAGCUAGAAUUUUGUAUAAAAAUGAUAAUAAAAACUGAUAUUAAUAUGCA